GUUAAUGCAAAAGUCAAUAUGGAGAAUUUACAUGUUUUCUUGUGUAAACAGGGACUUAAUAAAAUAACCUCUUUGUCAGAAAGCACAACAGCUGAUUUACUUCUGUGUGUGCAUAGAGAUGUAUGUAUAGAUGUGUAUCCAAUACAUUGAUGCUGCACGUGUUUUGCAUCAUCUAUCAUUAUCUCUUGUGGAACGCAACGUUGAACCUCAAGGGCUUCCAUUGAACGAUCCUGAAGCUGUGGCUAAAACAUCCCAACAAGAUCUAGUAGCUUUAGCAUUGGAAAUACAGAAAGCUGACAGUUUUAUUAAAGCUAACGCAUGUAGCAAGCUGCAGGUAAUCGCAGAUCAAAUAAAGUCCUUAAAAAAGCAGGCUGAGAACAUUCUGUUAGAAACAGAUUGGAAUAUGAAAUUACAUCAUGUCGCUUGCAAUUUUGUGAAACAUCCUGGACAUGUAUAUCAUCUGUAUCAACGAGAAACUGAACAACUCUAUUUUUCUAUGCUUAGCCCAGAAGAAUGGGGCAGUUCGGGACCUUCUCAAAUUUACAAAGGCGCAUACAGAUUAGAACAAGAUCAUACAUGGACACCUUUACACUUGACCGAUAAGAAAAACAGAGAAUUGGCCAUGUUGGCUAAACUUUUUUCUACUCAUCCAACAACCGCUUCUGUCGUUAAAAGCAUUGAUUUAAACGUCGAUACAUAAAAAUAAUAUUAGGAUAGAGCAGAUAGCGUUCUUUCUCGAAGCACAAAUUCACGACCCUUUGAGAACAAAGGCAUGUCCAGUUUUGUUGGAUCUGUAAUCACUGUAUCCUAUGAGAAACAAACUAAUUUGGGUAAUAUUUCACCAUCGCUUUGCCAUCGACAUCACCGAAGAUACCGUCAACAAUGAUGUUAGCAGCCGAAGUGUCAGCGUUACAGUAUGAAUUUCACAGAAAAGGGAUGAGUACUUACUACAUACACACAGGUCAUUAUGUACACUGACGAGGGGAAGGAACUACCUAAGUGUUACGCUCACUUAUUAAUGAAACUUUGAAACACGCCUAUACUCCAUUUUGGGGGCAGACGGUUAAUUGUUUAAAAG